AUGAGGGUCAUACAGCUCAGGAGAAAUGCCAGGCUUAUUACUGUUGUUAUAUUGGGACUGCUGAUGUUUUAUGCUACUUAUUCUAUUAUGAAUGAUGAUUAUGGUAGAAGUCUCAAUGUCCCAGUCCUAGUAGAAGGUCCAGGAAACUUCGAGCCUCAAAACCUGGAGCAGCGAAGCGGUCCAGGUGAAGGAGGCAAGCCGCACGUUUUGCGUGACGACCAGCAGAACGACGUGCAGCAAUCAGAAUCCGACUACGGAAUGAACAUGGUCUGUUCCGACGAAAUUUCUUUAGACCGUUCAAUCCCAGACUUGCGCCCAGAGGAAUGCAAGCACUGGGACUAUCCGAAGAAGCUUCCGUCCACGAGUGUGAUAAUCGUCUUCCACAACGAGGGUUGGUCCGUAUUGAUGCGAACAGUGCACAGCGUGAUCAACCGCACUCCCCCAGAAUUCCUCGAAGAAAUCCUACUAGUCGACGACUACUCCGACAAGGAGAACCUGAAGGGCGAGCUGGAAGCCUACAUCGACAAGUGGAACGGCAAGGUGCGUCUGCUCCGAAACGAGGAGCGUCAAGGUUUAAUCAGGACUAGGUCCCGAGGAGCUCGCGAAGCCCGAGGGGAUGUGAUCGUCUUCCUGGACGCGCACUGCGAAGUGAACAUAAACUGGCUGCCACCCCUACUGGCGCCGAUCGCCGUUGACCGGACCGUGAUGACAGUCCCGAUAAUCGACGGGGUCGACCACAAGACCUUCGAGUAUCGGGCUGUCUACCAGGAAGGCCAUCUGUACCGCGGGAUCUUCGAGUGGGGGAUGCUCUACAAGGAGAACGAGCUUCCUAGACGCGAGAGCAAGCGCCGGGAGUACUCCAGCAUGCCUUACAGGUCUCCGACCCACGCUGGAGGACUCUUUGCGAUCAACCGUAAAUAUUUCCUGUCUCUAGGCGGCUACGACGAAGGUCUCCUAGUCUGGGGUGGAGAAAACUUCGAGCUCUCCUUCAAGAUCUGGCAGUGUGGUGGCAGCAUCCUCUGGGUACCCUGCUCUCACGUGGGUCACGUCUACCGCGGGUUCAUGCCUUACUCUUUCGGAAAACUCGCGGAUAAAAAGAAAGGCCCGCUCAUUACGAUAAACUACAAGCGGGUCAUCGAGACCUGGUUUGAUGAAAAGUACAAGGAGUUCUUCUACACUCGCGAACCUCUCGCGAGACUCCUGGACCAUGGAGACAUUACAGAGCAGCUUAAAUUUAAAGAGAGGAAGAAGUGCAAGAGCUUCCAGUGGUACAUGGACAAUAUUGCCUACGAUGUUCUGGACAAGUUCCCGGAGCUUCCGCCGAAUAUUCACUGGGGAGAGCUCCGGAAUGUUGCCACCACCGCCUGCUUGGACACUAUGGGCCACAGUCCGCCCAGCUUGAUGGCCACUUCUCACUGUCAUGGCUUUGGGAAUAAUCAGCUCAUCAGGCUGAACUCUCAGGGGCAAAUGGGCGUGGGAGAGAGGUGCGUAGAAGCUGAUAAUCAAGGAAUCAAACUCUCCUUCUGCAGGCUUGGCACUGUUGAUGGACCCUGGGAGUAUGAUGAGAAGACCAAAAGUCUUUUGCAUAAGGUUCACAAGAAGUGCAUCGCGCUGCAUCCUCAGACUAACCAUCUUUCUCUCAUGCCUUGUGAUUAUGAGAAUACUUAUAAUCAAUGGACCUUCCAUCCUAUUCAUCCAAGAUGGUGA